AUGGCCGAGUUCCUCACAAGCUUGUCCUAUGUCAUCGCCAGCGCAGCAGUCUGCGUGACGGUGUCUCCCUUUGCUCUCCUGGGCCUGGCACCGCUCUGCAUCAUGUUUGUGUACGUACGGAGGUACUACACGUCGAGCGCAAGAGAACUGAAGCGACUGGAAUCCGUGUCAAGGAGCCCACUCUACGUGGACUUCCAAGAGCUUCUUACAGGCUUGGUCCACCUCCGAACCUUUGGAUUGGAGAAACGUGCGCUGCGAAAUUUUGAGGCGAAGGUGGAUGAGAACAACAGGAUGUUCUUCCAUCUGCACUCGCUGGUGCCUUUCAAUGUCCUGCGCAUGAACGGUUUAGCCGCCCUUUUUGUGUCCGUGAUGGCAGCCGUGGUCGUGGUCUUGGGCAACCGCCUGGAGACCUCGCUGAUUGGCCUCGGUCUCUCUGCCGCUGCAGGGCUCAUUGGACGACUACACCAGACAAUACGUUUUUCUGCAGAGGUCGAGAACAACUUCACCUCCGUAGAGCGCUUGCAGCAUUUCAACAAGGUCCCCCAAGAGGUGGAGACAGUGGAGACCUCCGAUGCACCGGCACCUGCUGCAUCCUGGCCGAGCAAGGGCGAGGUCGUCUUCGAGGAUGUGAAGCUCAGCUACCGCCCUCAUCUCCCUCUUGCAGCUUGGAGCACUAUGCAGAAUCUGCAGGCGUCACUUUUGUUGCGGGGCGUCUUGCUUCACGCGCUGAUUGAGGCAUCGUUGGGCGGACAGGCUCUGGCAAGUCCACCUGCCCGGCCCCAAGAAAAAGCUGACAAAGCGCCCCCUUCUCUCUUGGUGGAAGAUGGUAGACUGCUGUCCUUGUAA